AUGCCUUCAAGAGCAGGAGGGGGUCAAAGCAGAAGAAGCGCGAUGCAGUGCUUCCGGUUCGCGAGCUGGGAGAAGGAGCGGGAGGAGGAGCUGCAGGGGCCUGCACGGUCUCAGUCGGCGCGUUCCAACAGCAGCAUCUCCACGGACCGUGACGCGCGGCGGUCGGGCUCAGAGUGCUGCUCGCUCACCGUCUCGUCGGAGAUCAGCGUCGAGUCCUUCGGCCGGUACAGGCAGCUGUCGCUGCCGCAGCGGCCCAACAAUGACCUCCGCAUCUUCACCUUCCACGAGCUCAAGAGCGCCACCCGGAGCUUCAGCCGUGCACUUAUGAUCGGUGAGGGCGGUUUUGGCUGCGUCUACCGCGGCACCAUCCGGAGCACCCUCGAGCCGCGCCGAAGCCUCGAUGUCGCCAUCAAGCAGCUCGGACGCAAAGGCCUCCAGGGGCAUAAGGAAUGGGUGACCGAGGUGAACUUUCUUGGGGUGGUGGAUCAUCCCAACCUGGUGAAGCUCAUCGGCUACUGCGCAGAGGACGACGAGAGGGGGAUUCAGUUGCUGCUCGUCUACGAGUUCAUGCCUCACGGAAGCCUAGCUGAUCACCUGUCAACAAGAUCACCAAAGCCCGCUUCAUGGGCAAUGAGGCUGAGAGUAGCACUCGACACAGCUCGUGGUCUCAAGUACCUGCACGAAGAUUCCGAAUUCAAGAUAAUAUUCCGUGAUCUGAAGCCUUCAAACAUCCUGCUCGACGAGAACUGGAACGCGAAACUGUCGGACUUCGGCUUGGCUAGACUGGGGCCGCAAGAGGGAAGCCAUGUUUCAACAGCGGUGGUGGGUACUAUAGGGUAUGCAGCUCCUGAGUAUAUCCAUACGGGACGCCUCAGCAGUAAGAAUGACAUAUGGAGCUAUGGAGUAGUUCUCUACGAACUCCUCACAGGCCGGCGGCCUCUGGACCGGAACAGGCCGAGGGGUGAACAGAACCUUGUGGAAUGGGUGAAGCCCUACUCCUCCGACACCAAGAAGUUUGAGACCAUAAUGGAUCCAAGGCUCGAAGGGAACUACAACCUGAAAUCGGCAGUCAGGAUUGCCUCGCUGGCAAACAAGUGCCUGGUGCGCCAUGCAAGGUAUAGACCUAAGAUGAGCGAGGUGCUGGAGAUGGUGCAGAAGAUUGUCGAUAGCAGUGACCUUGGAACACCAGAGCAUCCCCUGAUAAGUCAUUCAAAAGAAUUGGCUAGUGAUGAGAAAAAAAGGAAAGGCCUUGAUCUGAAGAGGAGGAUCGCUGGUAUUAAAGCUGGAGAUGGUAGAUGGCUUACAUGGCACAAGUGGACACCCAAGCUUGUGAGAACACAAUGA